UUUUAUAGCUGUUGAAUGCAGAGGCAGCUACCAUUGAAGAGCGUGCUUAUAUAUGAUAGCUUUGCCCGGUACCUGGUAACUGAGAAGGGGUAUGAUAAAGGCUUGCUGAAUAUAACUCCAGAAAGCUGGGACUUUUGCUUUAAAGGAUUAGCCUUGGAUCUGGAAGAUGGAAACUUUCUUAAGCUUGCUGGAGAUGGAACAAUUAUGAGGGCAAGCCAUGGUACAAAAAGUAUGACUCAUGAAGAGAUCUUGGAAAUAUAUGGCAGGAGGGAAUGGAAGCACUUUAAAACAUUCAGUGGAAUGGUCUCCCGCUCAGCUAAAUAUUAUUGCUUUGAUAAUUAUUUUGACCUGCCAGGAGCCCUUCUUUGUGCCAGAAUUGUGGAUUGUUUAGACCAGCAUGGCAGACGGACAAAAUACAACUUUUGGAAGGAUGUGAUUGCUGCUGUACAACAUAACUAUAAAACCUCAGCUUUUAAAGAAAACUGUGGGACAUAUUUCCCAGAAGUGAAAAAUGAUCCAGCCAAAUAUUUACAAAGUUGCCCUGAGUGUGUAAAAAAAUGGCUACGGCAACUAAAAAAUGCUGGGAAGGUCCUGCUAUUAAUUACCAGCUCUCACAGUGACUAUUGCAGACUCCUGUGUGAACACAUUCUUGGGAAUGAUUUUGCAGAGCUUUUUGACAUAGUGAUCACAAAUGCAUUGAAACCUGGUUUCUUCUCUCAUACACCAAACCAAAGAUCUUUCCGAACCCUUGAGAAUGAUGAGGAACAGGAGGCUCUGCCAUCCCUGGACAAGCCUGGCUGGUAUUCCCAAGGUAAUGCUACUCAUCUCUAUGAACUGCUGAAGAAGAUGACGAACAAGACAGAACCCAAGGUUGUGUAUUUUGGUGACAGCAUGCGCUCAGAUAUUUUUCCAGCCCAUCACUAUAGCAACUGGGAGACUGUCUUCAUCUUAGAGGAGCUGAGAGAGGACAAAGUUACGAUGCCUGUGGAGAAUGAGCCUGAGCCCUUGGAAAAGAAAGGAAAAUAUGAGGUACAUCACCCAAAAGCUCCUUAUUCUCUGUCUAAACAAUGGGACUCUUUCUUUACGGAUAAAAUCUCAGGAUUGGAAAGUGCAGAGGAAACUCUAACACACACAUGGUCUUGCAAAUGUAUUAGUGCUUAUAGCACUAUUGCAAUUCCAAGUAUUGAAGCAAUAGCAGAUUUACCGCUGGAUUAUAAAUUUACCCGAUUUUCCUCAAAUAGCUCGGAAACUGCUGGUUACUAUCCAACACCUCCAAAGGUACUACUAUCAAAUGGAUAUUUCAAAGAUGGUUUGCCUGCCAUUGAGAUUUGGAGAUCUGAUGCCACAAUGAGGACUCACACACGGGGGGCUCCCAGUGUGUUUUUCAUACAUGUGAUUUGCUUUGCUUUGGCCUCCAGCAUCAAUGAGAACCCAAGUGCUGUGAUUCCUUUUGUCAAUGCCAACUACGACAGCUAUCCCAUGCUUUAUUUUUCUAAAGAAGAGGUGGAGGAUUUGCAGAGCAAGGCUGCCACUACACAUCAGCACAUUACAGCUCGUCUUACUGAGGCAGUUCAGACGAUGCUGUCUAGUCCCCUGGAGUAUCUCCCUCCCUGGGACCCCAAGGAGUUCAGUUCUCGGUGGAAUGAAAUUUAUGGCAACAAUCUGGGUGCCCUGGCAAUGUUUUGUGUGCUCUACCCAGACAAUAUUGAAGCCAUAAACAUGGCAAAGGAUUACAUGGAAAGGAUGGCAGCGCAGCCUAGUUGGUUAGUGAAGGAUGCUCCAUGGGAUGAGGUCCCUCUUGCUCACUCUUUGGUUGCUUUUGCCACUGCUUAUGACUUCUUGUACAACUACUUUAGCAAGACUGAACAGGAAAGGUUUCUUGAGGUGAUUGCCAAUGCCUCAGGAUAUAUGUAUGAAACAUCAUACAGGCGUGGAUGGGGUUUCCAGUAUCUACAUAACCAUCAGCCUACCAACUGUAUGGCUCUGCUAACAGGAAGUCUGGUUCUGAUGAAUCAAGGCUAUCUUCAAGAAGCAUACUUGUGGACUAAACAGGUGCUGUCAAUCAUGGAAAAGUCUAUAGUCCUGCUGCGAGAAGUUACAGAUGGAUCCCUCUAUGAAGGAGUGGCUUAUGGCAGCUACACCACCAGAUCUCUCUUUCAGUACAUGUUUCUUGUCCAAAGACAUUUUGACAUCAACCAUUUUAACCAUCCGUGGCUUAAACAGCACUUUGCAUUUAUGUAUAGAACUGUUCUGCCAGGAUUUCAGAGAACUGUGGCAAUUGCAGACUCCAACUAUAACUGGUUCUAUGGGCCAGAGAGCCAGCUGGUAUUUCUAGACAAAUUUGUCAUGCGCAAUGGCAGUGGGAAUUGGUUGGCAGAUCAGAUCAGAAGGAACCGAGUAGCAGAAGGUCCUGGGACUCCAUCUAAAGGCCAGCGGUGGUGCACUCUUCACACUGAAUUUCUCUGGUAUGAUGCAAGCUUGCACUCUGUACCUCCGCCGGACUAUGGUAUUCCAAAGCUGCAUUAUUUUGAGGACUGGGGAGUUGUAACAUAUGGAAGUGCAUUGCCAGCUGAAAUUAACAGGCCCUUCCUCUCCUUCAAAUCGGGAAAACUGGGAGGCCGUGCAAUAUAUGAUAUUGUUCAUAAGAAUAAGUACAAAGAGUGGAUCAAAGGGUGGAGAAACUUUAAUGCUGGCCACGAGCACCCUGAUCAGAACUCCUUUACCUUUGCUCCCAAUGGUGUACCUUUCAUAACUGAAGCCCUGUAUGGGCCAAAGUACACCUUCUUUAACAAUGUGGUGAUGUUUUCCCCAGCUGUGUCAAAGAGCUGCUUCUCCCCAUGGGAAGGGCAGGUUACAGAGGACUGUUCAUCAAAGUGGUUGAAAUACAAACAUGACCUGGCUGCAGAUUGCCAGGGCAGAGUGGUUGCUGCAAUGGAGAGAAGUGGAGUGGUUUUUAUUAGGGGAGAAGGAGUGGAUGCUUACAACCCAAAACUCAAGUUGAAAAACUUCCAAAGAAACCUUUUACUUCUGCAUCCCCAGCUUUUAUUGCUUGUGGACCUAAUUCAUCUUGAAGAUGACAGCCCCCUGGAGGCAGCCACCAGCUUCUUCCACAAUGUUGAUGUGCCUUUUGAAGAGACAGUUAUUGACGAUGUCCAUGGGGCUUUUAUUAGGCAUCAUGAUGGGAUGUAUAAGAUGUACUGGAUGGAUGACACUGGCUACAGUGAGAAAGCUACUGUUGUCUCAAAAAUGUAUCCCCGGGGCUACCCCUACAAUGGAACAAACUAUGUGAAUGUUACAACCCACCUGCGGAACCCAGUCACCAGAGCAAUUUACCUCUUCAUAGGACCUUCCAUAGAUGUCCAAAGUUUCAGUGUUCAUGGAGAUUCUCAGCAACUGGAUGUCUUCAUAGCUACCAGUGAGCAUGCUUAUGCUGUUUACCUGUGGACUGGUGAGGAUGGAGACCAUUCUGUCUUUGCACAAAUUAUUGCAGAUCGCCAAGAGAUUUUGUUUGACCGCACCUCUACCAUAAGAAACUCUGCUGUACCAGAGGUGAAAAAUUAUGUUGAGAUUGUGGAGCAGAAUCUUCAGCAUUUCAAACCUGUCUUCCAGCAGCUUGAGAAACAGAUUCUGUCUCGUGUGCGGAACACAGAUAGCUUUAGAAAGAUUGCUGAACGCCUAUUGAGAUUUUCAGAUAAGAGACAGACGGAAGAAGCCAUUGAUAGACUAUUUGCUAUCUCCCAGCAGCAGCAGCAAGUCAGGGCAAAGAAAUACAAAAAGGUAGCCAAGGGCUACAAGUUUGUUGAUGCCAUUCCUGACAUCUUUGCACAAAUUGAAGUAAAUGAAAGAAAAGUGCGACAGAAGGCACAGACUCUGGCACAAGAAGAGUUACCUGUAGAUGAGGACGAGGAAAUGAAAGACCUUCUAGAUUUUGCAGAUAUUACUUAUGUGAAGCACAAUAAUGAUGCAUUAAUCAAAGGCCAGUCUGGUCUGGAACAAAUGGUGACCACUGCUCGAAGCAGUGUCCCAUCAAUAUCAGCAUUUUAUACCCGCCUCUUCUUAAUUCUAAACAUUUCUAUUUUCUUUGUCAUGCUCGCAAUGCAGAUCACUUGUUUCCAAAAAGCCAAGAGCCUACAUGGCCAAAGAUGCCUUUACGCAAUACUUUUAGCUGACAGCUGUGUAUUAUUGUGGCUGUAUUCUUCUUGUUCCCAGUCACAAUGUUAGCAAAAGAACAUGUACUACCGACCAAUUUAUGGUCAUAUGUGUCUAUGCAAAAGAAUUAACCCUAAUAGGGCCAUAGGUUUGGUGUUUUUGUUUGUUUGUUUGUUUGUUUGUGAAACAUUCCAGGAAACAGCUGAGGAAAGAUUGAAUUCACACCAUGAGGAAAGAGGAUAAAAUAAUGCAUUUUUGAGAAACCUAAGUGUUCUUCAUCUAUGCUUUGGUUGCUUUUGAUAUCUGAAGGAUAUUAUGCUUUGAUAAUAAAAGCACAAUAUGCGAAACUGUAAUUAAUUUCUACCAAAAAUAAAAAGUCCUCUUUAAGGAUUAUUUGUUUCCUAAGAUCCUUGGUUUUAUAUACAAUUGGGUUUGCAUAGUAUUAUUUACAGGCUGCUAAAGAUACCUCUUACAGCAGGGCAGGAAAUGAUUUUCCUGCUCCAUAAACAGAUAUCAAAAAGAAUUCCUGUCCCAAAUUGGGACUCAAAAUGACCAAACCUUGAAAGUAUCCAUGGACCAAAAAUUCAUUCCCUCCCCACCCCCCCAAAACCUGGGGUAUGAAAAUGUGAAAACAGAACAUUUUAAACACUUGAAAAAUUGUUUUUCCAUUUUUUUUCGUGUUGACAUUUGUUGAACUUUCUAGGGAGAUUUGUAGAAACCAAACCUGUUUCACAAACAAUGCAGGAUUUGAUGAAUCAGCAUUUUUCAGUAAAAAAAAUAGUGUUAAAAAUUCUCAACCAGUUCUAAAGCCUAUAGACAUAACUUUACAACAGCAUUAUAUGAAUUUAAAAUGCAUAGGAAAGACUUGUACAGCAGACGUAAUUCAUGUCUGCCAAAUCAGAAUAGUUUAGUACUGAAGCAGACUGGUAAAAUUAUUUCAGAAUCCUUAAAUCAUCUCACCUCUUUGCAGGAAGCAGCAGUCAGUGUCAGAACUGACUAGAGAAAGGCACAGAUUCUGAGAUUAACAAGUAACAGUAGGAGAUAAAUAAGCAUAAGAAAUUAUUUCCCAUGAGAAAUCCCUUUCUCAUUUGCCACACUAAAUGAAAACUGGAGGAUGAACCCUGAAAUGAUCUGCUUUUGAUUUUAUAGGGUAAAGGUUUUCAAAUGUAUUCAUAGGUGGAGCACAUCUCAAUAGGAAAAUUGUUUCUUAGAUUAUCUCUUCUUUUUUCAGUUACCAAAAAAAAAAAUCACCGUCAUCACCACCGCCCGUUAGUGACUCCAGCAAUUGCUUAUGUGGAAAAGCUGUAUUAAGAAAGCAUUUUAUAUAUUUAUUUUUUUUAGCUCUGAGUGAUUAUGUAGUUGGAAACAAAGAAGAGACAGACCAUGGGACAGCCAGUUCUUCAUUGUUUUGCAGAGCAUUGGAGGCACAUGAAUCAUUAACUUGGCAAUCAUUGAUAUGGAGAAUAAUGUAGCUCUGACAAUGAGUUUGACACCCUUCUUUACACUGCAUUCAUUAAACUGCAAAAAAUCGUAGAUCUCAGUAUGGAGAGGAGAGGCUAUUGAUGUCUUGAAGAAAAAGAAAAGCAUUUUCCCAAUAUUUUGCUAAAUAAAUAAAUCAUAAUUGCCUCUGCAUAGAUUUUUUGCUUUGUUGACUAAAAUAUUUCACCCAAUAAUUUAAGCAAUGUACUGGUGUUCAUUAGCUCCUAAUUCACAACAUAUGGAAUUGAUCUAUGUCUCUCAUUUUUACCACUUCAGCUCGAUACUGAUGUUUUCUCUUUACUUUUAUCUGGCCAACAGAGAGAACCUUUCAUUAAAUGAAAAAUACACAGGUGGAUAUCUCAAAUUAAUUGUCUUGGGUACAAAUUAAUAUUCUAUAAAAUCUGAAAUAUGAAUAAUGACAAUUUUAUCAUUUAAUUUCAAUUUCUCAUACUGAGUCAGGUUCUGCUCACAUUACACAUGUACAGUCACCUUACUGAAGUCUUUUGGAGAACAGUAUAGAAGAUUGUCACCCAACAUGAUUUUUCAUAGUUAUGUAGAUUUCUCUCAAUUGAGGUUGGAUUAUAACAGUGUUUCUCAACCAGUGGUAUGAGUACCCUUAGUGGUACUUGAGAGAAGUCGGGGGGGUACAUCAAUACAACUGA